UCUCCUAUCGGUAGUAUACUUGCAGUUGCAACUUACAAAGCUGAGCAGCCGACGGCUUGACGCGUUAACGAAAAUGUUUAGAUUUGCUAUUAAAGUCGGUCUUGCUGGGAGUUUCAUUUACUACACUAAACAAGAAGGUAUUUGGGAAGAGGAUACUGAAAAAGUUUAUGAACGAUAUGCUGCAGCUUUAAAACCGCAUGUGGAAUCAGUAAAGCAACAAAUCCCUCUGGAUCUACCGGCUCUUCCUUCCAGCGGAGAGCUAUGUUUUGUUACGAAACACUAUUACAAUGAGGGUGUAAAAAAUACGAUCAGGUUCAUUCAUCGACUUCCUUGUUAUGCAGGACAGUGGGCCAAAAAGGGUUCUGACGCGAUAAAACAGGCAUUGGAUGCACCAUCUCAGAAUCAAACGGUAGAACCAGUUCUACCAGCCCCCGUCAAAAAAUAGUUUUAAAAAAAUCGGUGAUGAUUCUAUAACUGUUAGUUACAGUAAAUAAAAAUGAUAUUGUAACUAACAUGGUAGUGUUUUUGUAUAAUUUGCAU